UUUGAAGCCGUGCGGUCAUUGGCUGUGGAGUGGGCUGGUUCCCCCGCGUGCUGCUCCCGAGGCUCCUCCCCUGACGCUCACAGUCACUUGGGUGAGGAGAAGGCUGAACAUCCUCCGCCGUUCGUUCUGAGGGAGGGAGGCGCGCGCGCACGCAAGAAAUCAGGGCGCCAGUGGUUGUGUCGCCUCCUCGGCCGAGACUCCUUCUGUGGACCCUUAAAACUACCAUUUAUUCUCAAAACAAUGCAGCUAGAGAACAUCCUUCCCAGCGCCAGCAUCAAUUUACCCAAGACCUUUUACAACCUCUCCUCGUCGGACAGCGCCAACAACAGCCCGAGGUCAUCGACGCAGCUCGAAUACCAAGAAGUGGAGCGGACGGAAUCCGAGGCGAGCGGCGUUUCUAAGAAGUACCUGAGCGCGGUGGGAAACGGGAUGCUGGGCGAGGGGGAAGGGGACACGUUCACGAAGACCGGGCCCGACGGGAGGAAAGGCUCCCCGGUGCUCGGCGAGGAAGAGUUAACGAGCGGUCGGCGGUACAACAUAGACGAACUUGGCUCUGACAGAUACUUCCUCUCGUCGUCCCAGUCGAACACUGACAUGGGGAGCCCCUGCUCCCUUUUCCCCUACGCAGGACAGACUGGGUCAGUGUACACUGGGUCCAGCGCCUCCAGGUACCCCGCAUCCCUUCAUUACGGAUCUGUCCUGCCUCCCACAGGCUUCUCCUCCUCGUCCGUGUGCACUGGCCGGAGCCAGUUUAGCAGCGGAGGGUACCAGUUCAGCCAGGGUCCGGGGUGCUUGUACCCCUCCUACCCCGGGACGGGGGCUGGUAUCGGCUCCAUGUCCCUGCCGGGGUCCGCCGCCGGCGCCAGAGCGCAGGUCUAUCUGUGCAACCGGCCGCUCUGGCUAAAAUUCCACCGGCACCAGACCGAGAUGAUAAUCACCAAACAGGGCAGACGGAUGUUUCCUUUCCUCAGUUUCAACAUCACUGGACUCAACCUCACGGCCCAUUACAAUGUGUUUGUAGAAAUAGUUUUGGCUGACCCGAACCACUGGCGUUUUCAAGGGGGGAAGUGGGUCACUUGUGGAAAAGCGGACAAUAAUAUGCAAGGGAACAAAAUGUAUGUUCAUCCUGAAUCUCCGAACACGGGUGCUCACUGGAUGAGGCAAGAAAUCUCAUUCGGCAAGUUGAAGCUGACCAACAAUAAAGGGGCCAACAACAAUAACACACAGAUGAUAGUGUUGCAGUCGCUACAUAAAUACCAACCACGGCUGCACAUUGUGGAGGUGACGGAAGACGGCGUGGAGGACAUGAGCAACGAGGCCCGGACCCAGACCUUUACCUUCCCAGAGAACCAGUUUAUAGCCGUGACCGCCUACCAGAACACAGAUAUCACACAGCUGAAGAUAGAUCACAACCCAUUUGCUAAAGGUUUCCGGGACAACUAUGACUCGAUGUACACGGCCCCAGAGAGCGACCGGCUGACUCCAUCGCCCACAGACUCGCCUCGCUCCACUCAGAUCGUGCCCGGGGCCCGCUAUGCCAUGCAGCCUUUCUUUCAGGACCAGUUCGUCAACAACCUGCCUCAGAACCGGUUCUACACGGGCGAACGGGCCGUGCCGCAGACCAACAGCCUUCUCUCCCCGCCGAGCGAGGACGCCAGCGCCGCCGCCUCCGCCCAGCGCUGGUUCGUGCCCCCGGUCCAGCAGCCGGGCACCAACAAGCUGGAUCUGUCCUACGAGAAUGACUAUUCCACCAGUAGCCUGCUGUCCUACGGCAUCAAACCCCUGUCCCUGCAGACGUCCCACCCGCUCAGCUACUACCCAGACUCAGCCUUUGCCUCCAUGGCGGCUGGCUGGGGCACCCGCAGCUCGUAUCAGCGCAAGAUGACCACGGGCCUGCCCUGGUCCCCUCGCCCCAGCCCCCCAGCCUUUCCGGAGGACCAGCUGGGGGCCACUAAGGACAAGCUGCCUGAGGAAAGCGUGCCGCCAGCUUCUACUUGGAUCGAGACUUCCCACUCGCUAAAAUCGGUGGACUCUACCGAUUCUGGCGUGUACUCCAUGGUCUGCAAAAAGCGCAGAAUGUCUCCUGGGGGCUCGAGUACAGAGAACUCCCCCACCAUCAAGUGUGAGGACUUGACCACGGAGGAAUACAACAAGGACAACCCAAAAGGCAUGGGUUAUUAUGCAUUCUACACAAGCCCCUAAGACUGUAAUUAUUUAAACUAAAUAUAAUUUUUUGGUUAAUGCUCUCCAUUCCUUGUUAAUGUCUUUUUUCUCUUUUCUCUGAAGGUGCCAAAGCUUAGUGUUCCCCCAAGCAAGCUGCACAAGGUUAUUUUCCCAGACCAGCCCCUCUCACAUACCUGAGCAGAAACAUGCGUAGUAAUGUUGUUUUUGAAAGAGCAUGUCCAUUUUCAUUAGUUUAUUUUUAAUUAUGUGAUUUUAUUUUUCCCCUGCAUAUUUAAGUCAUUUACGUUGUACAGUAUUCGUGCACUUUAGAAUGUGAUGUACCUUGUACAAAUUGUCUUCAUGGAGGUGUUAUUAAAUGGGUAAUAAAAACAGCUUUUCAUAAAGCAUUGUUGAAA